AUGCCACCGCCACUCCACUGCCAGGGCCACAUUUCGCAGUGCCUAGGCAGGAUCCUCGCCUGCCGCGGCGACGCCACCGUCGCCGCUGCCGGCCCAGGCGGCCGACGGCUCUCCGGCGCGGAGUUCGUCGACGGCGUGCGGAGCCUCGCCGCCGGCCUCGUCGACCGCGGCCUGCGCCCGGGCCACGUCGUCGCCGCCGUCGCCCUCAACAGCGUCGAGUACGUCCAGCUGUUCCUCGCCGUCACCUACGCCGGAGCGAUCAUCGCCCCUCUCAACUACCGUUGGAGCUUCGAGGAGGCGGCACAUUCGGUGGAGCUCGUGCAGCCAUCGGCGUUCGUCUUCGACGGCGCGUUCAGCUCUUGGGCGCUUCGACUGACGGAGAGCGACAGGUUUCCAUCCAUUGGCCUCUACCUCCUCCUGGGUGAUCCUUGCAGGACCGGCCAUGCUGUUGCAGAGUUUGAAUCCGUUGCCCACAUCAAGAGGAGCAUGAGAGGAGCUACGGUGAUGAUGGAACCCAUGUCGGCUCCAGGGGAUGUUGCUCUAAUAUGCUUCACAUCUGGAACCACUGGGCGGCCAAAGGGUGUAGCGAUAAGCCAUACGUCUUUGAUCAUUCAGUCCCUUGCGAAAAUUGCCAUUGUUGGCUACGGUGAGAAUGAUGUAUACCUGCAUACAGCGCCUCUGUGCCAUAUCGGAGGGAUCUCCUCGUGCAUGGCUAUCCUGAUGGCCGGAGGUUGCCAUGUCCUGAUACCGAAAUUCGACGCCAAAUCAGCCUUUGACGCCAUCCAGGAACAAGGGGUGACUUCUUUCAUCACUGUCCCUGCGAUCAUGGCUGACCUGCUGUCCUAUCCUCGAAAAGAGAUGAUAUCAGACUGGGGGAAGACAGUGACCAAGAUUCUGAAUGGGGGUGGUGGGCUGUCUCUUGACCAAAUAAAUGAAGCUUCACAAUUGUUUCCUCAUGCUGCUAUUUUCUCAGCUUAUGGGAUGACUGAGGCCUGCUCAUCUCUGACAUUCAUGGCUCUCAAUAUACCAAAGCUUCAAGAACCCAAGAACCAACCAGGCAGCCAUUAUGGAGGCGUUUGUGUUGGCAAACCGGCACCACAUGUUGAGAUACGAAUCGGCAUGGAUGAUAAUAAUACCAGUUCUUCACCAACUGGGAACAUCUUAACUAGAGGCUUGCACACCAUGGUUGGGUACUGGGCAAACACUAAGGUGGAUUCAUCAGAUUGUGUCAGGAACGGAUGGCUUGACACUGGAGACACCGGAUGGAUGGACAAAGCUGGUAAUCUAUGGCUUAUGGGGCGGCAAAAGGGCCGUAUCAAAACUGGAGGUGAAAAUGUUUACCCGGAAGAGGUUGAACUGGUACUAUCUCAGCACCCAGGAGUAGCAGGAGUUGUGGUAGUUGGUGUACCAGAUAGUCGUCUCGGGGAGAAAGUUAUUGCUUGUGUUAGCAUCAAGGAUGGCUGGAAGUGGGUUGAUGCAAGAACUAAGCACCAAGGCAAAGGCAAGGAAGUGUCUCCUCAGAUCCUUCAUGAGCACUGCAGGACGAAAAAACUGAGCAGGUGGUCUUCUGAUGAAAACAUAUUAGCAUUUGGAAACUGA